CACGUAUUUGGUAACUCGUUGAAGUUAUCCUAUACUUCUGGGUAAGGUAAAGUAAAGAUCGAUCACCGCAGUGCAUAUCAAAGUUUUAAUUUACACUCAAUCCGCUUUGGAUCAAAAUGUGCAAGUGAUGCCAAAGCCUUGACGUGUUUCUCCUGAAUAUUGAUUCCCUUUUGCGAUGUAGCAAACUAAAACAUAAUGGCGAGUCUAGCCGAUGUGUUCACUGAGUCGGAAAGGACGAACUGGCUGAAGGCAUGGCUGGCAAUUGAUAUUGCAAAAUCCGGUCUACAGCAGUUCGUUGAGAAUGAGGCUAAAAUUCUACAUGACAAUAUAUACAACGCUGUCUUGACAAGUGGCGCAGUCCCUUGUGUUGUCUGCCACACCGCAAACUUGCUGAAAUGUCCUUCAACAGGAAUAUGCAAUCAGCGAGGAGCACAAAGCCUAUGCACAUCUAUGCAUGACACACCAUUAAAGCAACCACGACCAUGUCCUGCUAACGUUUGUAAUAAAGUUCUUGUCGAAGUUGCAAAGCAACAUAAAUUUUCGAACCCUUCGUGGAAAAAUACAUCGGCGAAUCACUGGGCAUCCAGUCCUUGGCAAAUAGCCAUGGCUUAUUUACCUCCAGACGGUUAUAUUGGAAACCUUUCGGUUCAAGAUACAGACUUCAAUGGAAUAAUCAAUUUAUGAUGAACUGCAAACACUUCGAUAGCAAGUUUUCGUUCCCCAUAGCUCUAGGAAAAAAUCAUCCACCAUGCCUCUUAACAAAGGCGCGGGAAAUUGGCAGAAGAGUACGCCAUUCGUCUUCUUGCAAGGUCACAGAUGCAGAUCUUCAGAACAUUGUACAUACACUGACUAACCUGUUAACUGACACAACAUGUCUAGCGCAAGACCUCGCUGCAAAGGAGGCAUUGAGCAAAUUAGCAAAGCUACAAACCGACGUUCUGAAGCUAACAACGGAGGAAAUUGUUGAUUUGUUAGAGGAUGCACAAAAUAAACUUAAGAAAGUUGAAAAUAUAACUGAGACGGCUAUUGACGAGAUGCGGAUUUACAUUGACAACAGUAGAAAAGAUUUUAGUGCACAUGCGGACAAAUUUAAACAGGACCUUAGUGAACACAUUGGACAAUGUAAACAGGAAAUUUAUAUUUAUUGUCGGAAGUCUACACUCGAACUCAAUUCGAACUACGAGCAAUCUUGUAAAGAUUUUCUUGAGCAAUUUAUACAUUUCUACCAGAAGACUCAAAGCUGCGUGUCUGUUUCACCGUUUUGGUCCGGUAAUGACAAAAACAUUCGGGAUAUAUUUAUACAAUCAAAAUUGAGCCAUGUGAAACUUGAACCAGAUGGUUCUCGGAUUAAAAUGGAUGUACCUCUUAACAAAUUCAAGAACCUAUUGUACAAAGGUGAACAAUUACAUAGCCUUGCUUUUUUUGCAAGGAGAAAGCGGAAGUGGAAAGUCUACAUUUCUAUCGAAAUUAGUUCUUGACUGGUGCGAGGCGAUUUCGCCACGAACUGAAGAACACACCGCUACAUUCACAGAUGUAGACACGUUGAACAGAUUCAAGUUCCUAUUUCAUAUCCCUUUGAGAGAUACCAAGGGGCAGAGUGAGGUAGCAGAGAUAAUAAAAUCAUUAAUAAUCGAUAGAAUAUAUUCGGACGAGGAAAAACGUAAAGAAAUAUACCGACUUUUACAUCGAAUUAUGGAACGUAAGACAUGCAUCAUAACGAUGGAUGGUCUGAACGAGUGGAGAGAUCAAUCGAAUGAAAUACCAUUACCUCAAAUAGCCACUUCUCAUAAGCAAUGUGUAGCAUUAAUCACAACACGACCAUGGAAAAUGUUAGAUCAGCGUAUCAAAGAUUCUCACAUUGACGCACUUCUGGAAGUUGAAGGAAUAACCAGCCCAACGGAGCUUGUAAAACGCUUACUUAGAAGUUUUCAAAUUGAAAAUCUUAAUAUGCAUAUCGACUUUAUGACGUACAUUGAAGAACGUAAACUUUCUCAUGUGUUAAUGUCACCUUGGUGGUUGACAUUGCUUCUGCGACUUUGGAUGGAUAAUAUGUACUUAAGUAAUUCUGUUUGCGAAGUGAACAGUCUUCUUUUGGACAGUCUUUUCAAAAAAGCAAAUACGCAAACGGGAUUUUUCAAUCCACCACCGUUUGAAUGUCUGUCGAAAACGAGCUAUAUUGAGCCGAAUGUAAAUAUUUUAGAUGCGAUUUCUAAAAUAGCAUUUCAUUUCACAUGCACGAAUAAAAGGUAUGUUGUGUUCACCGAGUCGGAAAUAAGAAAAUAUUUAUCAAAACAAGAUUUGAAGUUUUCUCUUGAAUCUGUAUUUUAACAGAAAGAUUUUGUUCCGCAUUACCAUGCCAUUCGCAGUUUUCAUUUCUACAUGAGACGUUGCAGGAAUUUCUAGCUGCUUAUUACAUUGCACAACAUCCAAAGGAUGCCAUUGAGUUUAUUACCAGCAAGAAUAAAAGCAAAUAUUUUGUGUUAGAAAUGAGUCAGGUUAUAACAUACCUUUGUGGAUUAAAAUGUGAAGUAGCUAAUCAAGUGAUCAGUUGCUUGGUAGACAACGACUUCCUCAAUGUCAUAAACAAGGGAAUACGCUUGUACAUUUCAACCAAUCGUUUUAUCGAAUGCCAAACACUUCAGGAAUGUAACGGCGGAAACAUACUACAAACUAAACAAUUUGGUGAAGACCUUGUUCUUGAUCGUUGCUAUGCUAUAUGUGUAUUGUAUCAGCGAAUGAUAAUUGAUUGUUUUAGUGAGGCUAUACUCAGUGGACAGAAAGACUUAUGCCUCAAGUGCAAAUAUUUUAUAUUUUACUCCUUGAUGAAUCCGAUACUAAUGUUUUUAGGGCAGUUUUAAUGGAGAACAUUUCAAAUGUAAGAUCACUUGUUUUAGAUAAUGCAACACUGACAAUUCAUGAAAUAUUACAGAUCCUCAGAAUGUCUGAGCCCUGCCUUGAGCGAUUGCAGACGACAUGGAGUGACGAUCUUUGCAAAGCAUUACAUGAUAUGAACAUUCGACAGCUAGUGUUACAAGUACAAAUUAAUGUAUUAUCUGUGUCGGUUGUGCUUCCAUCUAUGUCUAAAUUAGAUUAUCUAGAUAUUGUACAGUCUGAUUUAAAUCAAGAAUUGUGUAUUCCUGCCUCUUUAACAACUAUUUCAUUACGUCACGCUACAUGUUCUGCGUCUUUCAUUCAUAUGCUACUUGUAAAAUUAUCUUCAUUGCAUUACUCUAUCGAAUGUGGUUUUGAUGAAUGCACUGCGGAUUCUCUAAAAGAACAUGUAUGUAAAGAUGCAUGUGACAUGUCCAACAUGACUAUUUGGUUUGCAGGUUGUAGUUACGAAUUUUAUGAACUAUUUCGAGAUACUAGCUUAUUCGACAUGAAAUUGCUUACAGCAGACGAUGUUGUACUUGCAUCAGGGAUUCUUCCAUCACUCAGCAAGUUACAGAUACUUCAGUUAUGGGGAAACGUUUUCGGUCAUUUUGAUUUCCAGUUUCCAUCCUCAUUACGAAAGUUGAUUAUUCAUAGGGGUUAUUGUUUCCGUGAAUGGCUGUGUGACCUGAUGAUCUCAAUUUCUUCACUUGGACAUCCUAUAGUGUGCCAGGUGUAUGACUUGGAGUUGCUACCAAUUUGCGACUUUAACACAUCUAGUUCGCUAAUACUGGCAUCAGAGAUGAUAUCAAUCUUCACGUUAUUUGACAUGUCAAAUAUUGAGCUACACGUCAAAACGGGUAGUAGUGAGUUCUUCGAAAUGUUUCGCGAUACGAAUAUACCUACACUGUGGCUUGGCACGACUGAUGCUGCUUCGCAUGCAUCACAGAUUUUACCUACUCUCUGCAACUUACAAUCACUUAAUUUAUUGGGGUAUUUUAUGGAUCGUUGUGAUCUCCAGCUUCCAGUCUCGUUGCAAACAUUAAUUGUUCAAGAAGGCUAUUGUUCCCCUGAAUGGUUGUGCAGCCUGAUCACCGCACUAUCUUCACUAGGACAUCCUAUAAUAUGCAAGCUGUAUGGUUUGGAGCUUCAAUCAAUUUGCCCCGUUAACGCAUCUAGUUCACAAACAAAGGCAUCGGAGAUAUCAAACUUGAUUUCAUGUGACAUGUCCAAUAUAGAGCUAUUCGUCAAAACGGGUAGUAAUGCGUUGUUUGAAAUGUUUCGAGAUACGAGUUUACGUACACUGUGGAUUGGAACAGCUGCUGCUGCUUCACACGUAUCACAGAUUCUACCAACACUCUGCAAUUUAGAAACACUUCAUUUAUGGGGGUAUUACAUGGAUCGAUGUGACCUUCAGCUGCCAGUCUCGUUGCAAACAUUAACUUUUCAAGAAGUAUUUUGUUCCACAGAAUGGCUGUGCAGCUUGAUGAUCUCGCUUUCUGCAAUAGGACAUCGAACGAUAUGCAAGAUGUAUCAUUUGGAGCUACAACCAAGUGACUCAGAUAACACAUCCAAUAUGCAAAUACAGCCAUAUGAAAUUAUAUCUAACUUGAAUUCAUGUGACAUGUCCAAUAUCAAUCUACACGUUGAAACUGGUAGUCGUGAGUUAUUUGAACUGUUUCGAGAUACGAAUUUGAAUAGACUGUCGCUUGGUACGGCUACUGCUGCUUCACACGUAUCACAGAUUCUACCAACGCUCUGCAAUUUAGAAAAACUUUAUUUAUGGGGGUCGUACAUGGAUCGAUGUGAUCUCCAGAUGCCAGUCUCGUUGCAAACAUUAAUUUUUCAAGAAGUCUAUUGUUCCACCGAAUGGCUGAGCAGCCUGAUGAAAUCGCUUUCUUCAAUAGGACAUCGAAUAAUAUGCAAGCUGUAUUAUUUGGAGCAUCAACCAAGUGACGCCAUUAACAUAUCUAGUUCUCAACUUCAGGCAUCACACUUGAUGUCAUGUGACAUGUCAAAUAUUGAGAUACACGUCAAAACGUGUAGUAGUGAGUUGUUUGAAGUGUUUCGUGAUGCUUGUAUAUUUUUCAUUAACAAUUGAUAUGGAUGAUGAUGCUGCGCUGCCAUCAGAGAUUUUGCCAACUCUAAUACAGUUGUAAUAUUUCGUUUUCUUAAGUGUAAUUAUUAAUCGAUUCGAUUGUACAUUAUAACCAUGAAUACAAUUUUUUGUUUGCAACAGGCUACAUGUUCAUCAGAAUCGCUGUAUGGUUUUGUGAUAAAAAUGUAUGGAACGUAGAGUUCGGAUGUUCAUUGUGUUGUAGAAUCAUGUGAAAAAUCCAACCAAUGUAAUUCUAAAUUAUCUGUAUUGCGAUAUGGUGAUUUAUCUUAUGUAAAAUUCGAGGUUAUGAAGGACACACAUGGACUAUAUUAAACAUUACCUACACUCCCAAUCCCGAGUUUGCAUAUAACGCAGAUUGACCACGUGGACUGUUUUUCACGACGAUGCCUCUUCGCACUCAUUUAGAACAGCUUCGGAUUCGUUCAAAUGCUAAUAUAGAAAUUACUUUAACAGUUUCUAUAAAUUUUUAGUUUAUAAUUUUUAAAUGGUGUUUCACCGUCAUAUUUACGACACGUCGUGAAAAACUCAUUCCACUUUGGACGUAGUCUCCAAUGCACAAUUCUGGUCCAGUUGGAUGAGGAGAAAGGCAUUUAUGCAUCCAUAAAACAAGAAUUUGAUGCGUUUAGGAACGGUCUGAUGUUGUGUAUAAAAGAUUUGAUGCUGAAUAUGCAUUUAAUGCUUUCUUUCUGCAACUGCUUGUUACAACGAUAAGCAUUCAUUACCAAGGGAUAGAUACAUAGAUUCGAAUCCAUGGGAACGUUAUUGGACAAUAUGUCUGCGGGUUUCUACUGUGCAGAUUUUUAUAAGUACCGGUUUAUGAAUACGUUAUAUAGGCUGCACAUUUUUUUCUGUCGUAACAGAUCGAAUGUUGCCACAUUCAGUGAUAAAAUUGUACAUAAUCAAAAGUCAAGUUUUAUUUGUUACAUCAUUUUCAUUAUAUCAACUUCGUUUAAAGAUGAUUUUAAAUUUAUAAAAGUUACUGCAAUAUAUUUUCCUGAAUGAAAUAGUUUGGUUAGCGUAAGAAGUCCAUGCCAAUUGUCUCAAACGUGUAAAGAUAAAUUAACUAUCUGCCGGUUAAUUCGAGAAUAGUUUUGUCAUAUAACACAUUUAUUGGGACAUCAUUACUGCAUUUUUAUAUAAAGCAUUUCUGUUUAUUAAUGUACUCGUAUUGCAUAUUUAAAUGUCUAAAUUCGCGAACAUUUUACUGAUUAAUAUAAAGUUGGUGCUUACCACGUUAACUUUAACCUAGUUAUUAACUCAUUAAAUUGGCACGUCGGGUGGAUUGUCGUCAAUCAUGUUAUUUGUGUCUUUUCACAAUUUUGAAUAUGACCGGGAGAUAAGUGUUAUGUUAAUGUUAUUUGAUGAUUCGUAUUUGUAUGUGCUUUGUACAUGUUUUUAAGUUAUGUUUGAAUUGUUGUUGUUGAUGUUUUUUUAAUUUUAAUAACAGAAUCGUUUACAGUU